GAAAGGCGCCAUUUGCUUCUCGGACUCUAGCGGUUAAUGACAAUAAAACUGAGCUCUCCGUUGGUGAAAAAAAAAAAAAUAGAACCGAAACCGCUCAAAUCUAAAUAAAUAAAUCCGGUUUAUCCUUAUGGAUGCGGCGGUCAACCCGUCUAUUGACAGCAGGUCUGUCAUGACGGGUGCCCUGGAGUCAGGCACAGCGAACACGGGCAAACGCAUCCGCAAACCGUCUCUACUCUACGAGGGCUUUGAGGGCCCCGGACUCCCGCUCGCACCCAUGCCUGUUGCUGGACCACCGCUCUCGCAGCACCUCCCGGUGAAGGACCCGAACCGCCUGAGCCGCGUCACCAACCAGCUGCAGUACCUCCAGAAGGUGAUGACGAAGGCGCUUUGGCGUCACCACUUCGCCUGGCCUUUCCACGAGCCCGUGGACGCCGUUCGACUCAACCUACCUGACUACCAUAAGAUCAUCAAGCAGCCCAUGGACAUGGGCACCAUCAAGAAGCGGCUGGAGAACAACUACUACCGCAGCGCCAGUGAGUGCAUUCAGGACUUCAAUACCAUGUUCACCAACUGCUACAUUUACAACAAGCCCACCGACGACAUCGUGCUGAUGGCCCAGUCUCUGGAGAAGGUCUUUCUGCAGAAGGUGGCUCAGAUGCCACAGGAAGAGAUCGAGUUGCCUCCUCCUGCACCCAGGGGCCGAGCUAUGAAGACGGCCAAAUCCCGGCGGGGAAGAGGCGGUAGUCUGAGUGCAGCUCAGCAAGUUCCGGCUGUGUCCCAAUCCGCCUACUCGCCGUCGUCUCCCGAAACCCCGGACUCCAGGUUCACCGGCUCUCCCCACGUGAUGCUUAGUAAACCCGGACCGCCUCCUCCUCUUCCUCUUCCUCCUCCUCCUUCCCUCAUGACUCUGCCCCCCACACAGCCUACCGCUAAGAAGAAAGGCGUGAAGCGCAAAGCGGACACCACCACCCCGAGCACCACGGGUUUCCCCGUGCCCCCUGCAGGCCGUGCGAUGGGUAUGGGGAAGGGGCGUGGCGCUCUUUCGCUCUCGCCUGUACCCAGCCUGACGUGCGGCAUGGGCGUGAGCGAGCCCGUGCACCUGCAGCCCGUCAUGGGUCGUUCGGUGCCGCGCCGUCCCAUCAAACCCCCGCGCAAAGACCUGCCCGAGAUGGCAAGGCCGAAGAGUGCACCGCGGCACCGCACCAAGCUGAGCGGCCAGCUGCGCUACUGCAGCUCCAUCCUUAAAGAGCUGCUGAGCAAGAAGCACGCCGCCUACGCCUGGCCCUUCUACAAACCCGUCGACGCGUCGCUGCUCGGGCUGCACGACUACCACCUCAUCAUCAAACACCCUAUGGACCUCAGCACCAUCAAGAGGAAGAUGGACGAGCGGGAGUACAGGGACUCUCAGGAGUUCAGUGCUGACGUGAGGCUCAUGUUCUCCAACUGCUAUAAGUACAAUCCACCUGAGCACGACGUUGUGGCAAUGGCACGCAGACUGCAGGACGUGUUCGAGUUCCGUUUCGCAAAGAUGCCCGACGAGGUCCUGGAGGAAGAGGAGGGCGAAGAAGGGUUGGCGCCGACCUCUCUGGGUCGUAACGUGGGCAUUAUGGGAUUGCAGCACUCCUCCUCGUCGUCGUCAUCAUCUUCAUCUUCAUCGUCCUCGUCGUCUCCGUCGUCCUCUUCGGAAAGCGAGCCGAGCAGCGACAGCGAGCCGAGCAGCGAAAGCAGCCCGAGCUCGGACAGCGAAGAGGAGAGAGCUCAGCGCCUCGCCCAGCUACAGGACCAAGUGUGCACUCAGCUGCGGGCGGUGCACGAGCAGUUGGCCGCUCUCUCGUCUGGCCCCAUCAUCAAACCCAAAAAGAAGCGGGAGAAGAAGAAGGACAAGAAGAAGAAAAAGAAGCCGGAGAAGCGCAAAGGCGUCCGGAGCAACGAGAGGGAGCGAGAGAAAGUCCCCAAAGUAACAAAGAGCAAAUCCAGCAAGAUGGCCACAAUGUCUACUCAGAGCAAAAAAGCUCCUGCCAAGAAGAACAGCAAGAGCAACAAGACAACUAAGAAGUCCUUGGCACCAGCGGCCCGUUUCUCGGCUCCUGCCCCGCCGAUACCACAGUACGACUCCGAGGAGGAGGAAGACGGUCUGCCUAUGAGCUACGACGCCAAACGCCAACUCAGCCUCGACAUCAACAAGCUGCCGGGAGAUAAGCUGGGCCGAGUCGUGCACAUCAUCCAGUCCCGCGAGCCGUCCCUCCGCGACACCAACCCCGAGGAGAUCGAGAUCGACUUCGAGACGCUCAAACCGUCUACGCUGCGUGAACUCGAGAGCUACGUUACCAGCUGCCUGCGCAAAAAGCCGCGGAAACCUUACGUGAUGAAGCCGGCUGGUGGGAAGUCUCGUGAGGAGCUGGCUUUAGAGAAGAGAAAGGAGCUGGAGAGACGGCUGCAGGAUGUUAGUGGCCAACUCAACUCUGUCAAAAAGCCCCAGAAACCCAAAGCGGAGAAGGCCAGCGUGAGCACAGAGCCAAACCACUCCAUGCCCGCUCGCCUCAGCGCCUCCAGCUCCAGCUCCGACUCCUCCUCUUCCUCCUCUGACUCUUCUUCCUCAGACACCAGUGACUCUGACUCCAGGUGAUCAUCCGGGUUUACAAGAGCACUGACAACGGCACGUCCUAAAAUACGGACGAGACGAAUCCAUGACAGAAAUGGUGAGGCUGUAUGAGUGAUCCGGAAAUCCCGAGAUGGAAAGACGGAAGAAGAAACAAAUGGAAAAAAAACAAAAAAAAACAAGAGCCAAACCGUAUCGUCCCCCAGGACACACUUUCAUGUGAAACAACAGAUUCCCAAAAGCCUGUUUUGAGACGUGUUUGUUAACGAUGUACAGACUGUGUUGAAUUAAUUUUUCUUUCAUAAAGAAGACUUUUAUAAUCGUGCCCAUAGUGGGAGGUCAUGUGGACAUAGAAACUGCGCUGGAGUUGAGUCAGUCACAUACGAGUUUUUUUCAUUGCUUGUGGAUUUAAAGCUUUGUUGUAAAUUUUGUCUCUGCAGACCACAGCAUUGGACGCCGCCUACCUUUAUCUCGAUCUUACGGCCACCUUGAUUUAAACCAAGCAAAGCAAUUUAACUCCAUAUUUCAUAGAGAAUAUCAGAGCGGACGAUUUCGUUGUACUUGGAAACCCGAUCAGGAAGCAAAAUAACGGCCGUUCGUCCGACGACUAAAGAGAAUUCGCUUUUUUUUGUGUGUGUGCGUGUAACUAAUUAGCCAAAGGAAGGAAUGUCCAUCGUCAAACUUGUAUAACUAGUACUCAAGGUUAUUCAGUGCGAUUAUUCCAUUGACCAGUAAUGUGUUUAAAAACUAGUUAAAGGUGUAAUCGGUGACUUAGGUCUUAAAAUUAAAACAAAAUUCAGGCGUGGCUUCGGAGGGGCUGACGAAAGCUUUAUUUUUGUGAUCCAGCUUCGGUUCCGAACGUUUCUCACGGUUUCGAGGACGCGCACCUUCACCGACCGCACCUUCCAUUUUCACUUUUUUGUUGUUUGUUCAUUUUAACAUUGGUUUUUUUUUUUUUUUUUUACACAUCAUCCAAUGCAGGUUCUAAACGUCUCAAGCUGAAGUUUGUUCUCCAGUAAUCCUACACGGCCUCACUAACCCGGCCUGAGACCGAGUGCACGCUAACGAUGAUAACGAUAAUCCCACGCUACCUGACCUCAGUUUGACAAGCGCUAACUGUUCAAUUCGUCGCUCGCAUUCUCGUGCUGCUUUAAGUCACAGAUUCAAAAUCCAAAUCCUUGUUUGGAAAUGUGAUGCCUGAAGUUUCAGCUUUCUUUCAUUUGUCAGGUUUGGAAAUAGUGAUUUUUGUAGGGGGGAAAAACGAGGAAAAAAAAAAAAAAGCCAGUGCAUGAAAACAAACAAGCGAUUUGUUGUAUAUAACCUCCUCGGAUCAUUAUUCCACUUUAAUUAUAUAUUUUUUUGUAUCGACUCAUCGUUUUAACCUGUUUUUUUUUUUUUUUGUUUCUCAAAUGUAAGGAAUACCACCCGGUUGUUGUGAAACAUGUAGCUGCACAGACACAACAUUCCGUUCCUGCGAUAUUUAUAUUUAAAGAAAAAAAAAAAAGGUCUUUGAAUUGUAUAUUUAGUUUGGUUUUAUUUGGGUGUGAAUACAUGUAUGCCAACUGA